CCGAUGACGUCAGCUCUGUCAUGUGAUCAGAUGUGUCCAAUCACAGCUGAUUGCAUCUAAAUAAGGAAAUGCCAGUUAUUGGAAGUCCUCUCCUCCUGCUGACAGCUCGUGAGGAGAGGAGAGCCGGUAAUCAGUUCUCUCAGGAGAGGAGAGCCGGUAAUCGGCAUUCCACAGAGGGGACAUGUACACUGAUCAUCAGAGCACUGAUGAUCAGUGUAGCCCCAUCAGUGCCACCUUUCAGUGCCACAUCAAUGCCACACCUGACAGUGCCUACCAGUGCACAUCAAUGCCACAUAUCAGUG